AUGUUCACAGUCGGUACAGUCUACGGAUGGUCAACGACUACCCUUGGCCGCAUAAAAUCCGGGACUAACGACCACAUGCCGCUAAAGUUAAGACACUAUGAAUAUUCAUGGAUCAUUUCUUUGACAGUACUUGGUUCAGUGAUCGGUUCACUUGUGUGUGCCAAUUUGGCCGAUCGCAUCGGUCGUAAAUACUGCCUCCUUAUAUCCAGCUCAAUGGUCACCGUUGGCUGGUACAUCGUCUACUUCGCAAAAUCCUUGCCACUGCUAUACUUUGCUCGGGUGAUUCACGGUAUUGCUAUUGGUAUGGCCCGCACGAUAAAUCCCAUGUACGUGUCAGAAAUCGCUGAUGUCAGCAUCAGAGGAAUGCUAGGUACUCUAAUCGUAGUGAACGCAUAUGCCGGGUCAAUGUUAACUUGCGCCCUAGAAUUCUGGCUGACGUACGAUGACUGCGUGUUCUUUCUUGCAAUGUUAUCCUUUGUACCCACCGUUUCGAACGCGUGCUUCCCCGAAACUCCGUAUUUCUUGGUGGCAAAAGGGCAAAAGAAGCAAGCAUGCAAGUCGUUAGCAUAUUACAAAAGGAUCCUAGAUCGUAACGAAGUGAAAUCCGAAAUACGUGCAAUACGCGCACAAACCAGAUACGAAUUACACCCAGAAUCCAGAUACGAAUUAGACCAACAAUCUAGAAGGGAUUUACCCUCACCAUCAAGAACCGAUUUACCCGCACAAUCCAGAAGCAAUUUAUCCCCACAAUCCAGAAGCAAUUUAUCCCCACAAUCCAGAAGCAAUUUAUCCCCACAAUCCAUAAGCGAACGACGCUCUAACCCCAUACAGCAAGUAGACAUACAACACAUAUCCGAUUUACACUUGCCAUCCACUAGCCGUGGACGAGCCAUAUCCGUUGUACGCUCAGAAGUCAUUCCUACUGUACACCAGCAACCAAGAGAUGAUUCACGCUUUCAAGCCUCACGCGAAGCGGUCCGAUUAGCCAUACAACAAUUGCGCGCAUCAUACUCACUCUCCACAAGCGAAUUACCAGCCAGAAGCGAAUUACAGCCACCAGCCAGAAGCGAAUUACAGCCACCAGCCAGAAGCGAAUUACAGCCACGAGCCAGAAGCGAAUUACAGUCACGAGCCAGAAGCGAUUUAGGCAGACAACCCAAUGUGGAUUCUCGCGCAUCGGCUGAUACGGAUGAGAUACACAUAGAUGGAACUAAAUAUACUGGGUUUACCAAGCUGAAAUGUAUACUUCAGCGAAGCAACAAGAAAGCUCUGUUAAUUAUGUUUGGCUUGAUCAUGGCAAACCAACUUGGCGGACACUUCAUCACUAUGCAGUUUGUGGAGAUGUUGUAUAAAAAAAUAAAGAUCGCUAACGAUUUAUAUAAAGCGACGCUUUUGGUCCGGCUUGUCAACGUUCUGUUUAGCAGUUAUACCAUGUUUAAAGUGGACUCUGUUGGAAGAAGAACACUUUUGAUUCUGUCUACACUUGGGACGAGUGUCACAUUGAGUACUUUAGCAUAUUAUCGUUUCUUCGUUGAUCAUGAGCUACACAGUCCCAAGUUCGAUUUUAUUAUCCCUCUCUUCUUAAUUAUGUAUCAAGUAACGUUCCAAAUUGGUUUAGCUACGAUGCCCACUGUUCUUCUAUGCGAGUUAUUUCCUACGGAACUAAAUGGCUUUGUUGGUGCCAUUAUUGUGAUUUUCGAUAGUAUAUUUGGUUUUAUUGUGUCGAAACUGUUUCAAGUGAUUAGCGUUCAUGUAGGAACGUAUGCGGUUUACAUUAUCUUCGGGACAUCAUGCACUGUCGCAUUUCUGAUGGUGUACUUAUGCAUACCGGAAACAAAAGGAAAAACAUAUACCGAGAUUGAAGCGCUUCUAGUUAGUGAAAAUUUCAAUUCCUCGAAUGAAGAAGCUAGAAUUGACGAAAGCAAUAUUCAUAGAUCAUAA